AUGACUAGUCGCCGUGCUCGUGCUGCACUCGCCGCAGAGGAGAGCCUGGCUUCCACCCGAAGCAACUCACCCGACGCUGCUCCACCUACUGGUAUAGGCCGCCGCCUCACCAGAUCUGCUUCGGCCAAGAACCUUGCAGUUCCGGCUCAGUCUGUCACUUCAGCCCCUUCCGCUGCGAAGAGAGGCAGAGGCCGGCCUAGCAAGAAUUCCUCCCUUGCCAAUGAUUCGGUCUCCUCAGCCCCCUCUGCUGCUGCAUCUGCCGACUUCACCUCAGCUAGCGAGGACUCCACCCCGGCAACUAGCAAUGUCGCCACACCCGCACCGUCCAUCACCGCAGAUGGUCUUGGGUCUCGCAGAAUCGCCUCCAAGAUUGAGGUACAGCUCCCCACCGCUGCUGGCCUCCAGAGUGAGCGCGCUCUCCGUCGCAGCCAGUACUCUAUGGCACCCAUCAAGCGCAAGCGGUCUGAGACUGGAGGUAGCGAUGAUGAGGACGACGAGGAGUACUCCGACAAUGACCGCGAUGCUAUCGUCGCUCGUCGUCUGCAGAAAGAGGAGAACCGCAAAGCGAAAACGACUACUCGACUUUCGGAUGCUGCCCUUGCUAGACGUCUUCAGGAAGAGGAGUUCGGAACGGACAACCCCGAUGCCCUCGUCACUACUCGACGCGGUCGAAGCAACAUGACUUCUACCCAGGCAGCUAUCACAGACAGUGACGCUGAAAUGUCAGAAGACAUACCUCUUGCUGCCCGAGUCACAUCUGGCGGCCGCCAGCGAGGUAGACCUGCUAGGAGCAACAUCUCCCUCGCGCAGCGACCUACGAAAAGGCAGAAGAACAUCCUUCACCAUGAAGAUCAAGAUGAAUUGGCCGCUUCCGCGCGUGAGGACGAGCAUGAUGGCGCUGACUUUGGUCUCUCAUCGGACGAAGAAGACUCGGGUGACGAGUUUGAACCCAAGAAAUCGGCGUCCAAGGGCAAGAAGCCCGUCAGACAGACCAGAAACACAGCCUCUUCUUCCACCCAACCGCCUGCGGCACUUGAAGAGCUUGUGGUUGACGAUGAGGACGCCUUGUCGAGCCUUUCGGGCUUUUCCACCGAUGACAGCGACGCUAGCAACGUCGCCUCGACCGUCUCCACCGCGUCCGAUAGUGAUGGACGCCUCCAGAACGCCGUUGUCAGACAGUCUCGUGGGCGACGUGCUCUUCAACGUGGCUCCAAGCGACGAGGUCAGCUUGAGCGUGAUAGAUUAGUGCAUCAUCACCCUGAGCUUCUGACCAUGUGGCAGGAGCUCGAGGCUUUGCCGCCUCUGAGGCCCGACAAGAUCGCACAACCCAAGCAAAUCUCGCGCCAGCUCAAGCCGUUCCAGCUACAGGGUGUUGCAUGGAUGAUUGCUAUGGAGCAGACCGACUAUAGGGGGGGCCUCCUCGGUGACGAGAUGGGCCUCGGCAAGACCAUUCAGGCGGUGUCGCUGAUAAUGUCCGAUUUUCCCUCCAAGAAGCCCUCUUUGGUCUUGGUACCGCCCGUCGCCCUAAUGCAGUGGCAGUCGGAGAUCACUGCCUACACUGACGGCACGCUCAAGACGUUUGUCUAUCACGGUUCCUUGGCCAAGGCAAAGAACGUCAGCCUCAAGGAACUGAAGAAGUUCGAUGUCAUCAUGAUGUCUUACAACAGCCUAGAGUCCAUGUACCGCAAACAAGAGAAAGGCUUCACCCGCAAGGAUGGAAUCUACAAAGAGCGGAGUCUGAUACACCAGAUUGAGUUCCAUCGCAUCAUACUAGAUGAGGCUCACAGCAUAAAAACACGAACCACCAUGACGGCAAAGGCCUGCUUCGCCCUCAAGACUGACUUCAGAUGGUGCUUGACCGGUACCCCGCUGCAGAACCGCAUCGGCGAGUUUUUCUCCCUGGUCCGUUUCCUACAGGUCAAGCCUUUCGCCUCGUACUUCUGCAAGCAGUGUCCCUGCGCCAGCUUGGACUGGGACCUCGAUGAUGACCAUCGAUGCCGCCAGUGCCACCAUGCCGGCAUGCAGCAUGUUUCCGUGUUCAACCAGGAGUUGCUCACGCCCAUUCAGAAGUGGGGCAACAUGGGAGAAGGCGCAGAUGCUUUCCGAAAGCUUCGCACGAUGACUGAUCGUAUCAUGCUUCGCCGCCUGAAGAAGGAUCACACGGAUUCCAUGGAGCUUCCCGUCAAGGAGGUCUACGUAGACCGCCAAUUCUUCGGCGAAGUUGAGAACGACUUUGCUAACAGCAUCAUGACGAACGGUCAGCGCAAAUUUGAUACCUACGUCGCUCAGGGUGUGUUGCUCAACAACUACGCCAACAUCUUUGGUCUCAUCAUGCAGAUGCGCCAGGUUGCCGACCAUCCUGAUUUGAUCCUGCGGAAGAACGGCGAGGGCGGUCAGAACACGCUCAUGUGCAACCUGUGUGACGAGGUUGCUGAGGAUUGCAUCAGGAGCCGCUGCAAGCAUGAUUUCUGUCGCGCCUGUGCUAGAACCUGGCUCGCGGCUAACGAUCAGCCCGACUGUCCCAAAUGCCACAUUCUUUUGGCCAUCGACCUGGAGCAGCCAGAGAUCGAGCAGAACGAGGCCGACGUUAAGAAGUCGUCGAUUAUCAAUCGGAUCAAGAUGGAGGAGUGGACCUCUUCGUCCAAGAUUGAGCUCCUCGUUCAUGAACUUCACAAGCUUCGCUCCGACAACGCGUCUCACAAGUCCAUCAUCUUCUCGCAGUUUUCGUCUAUGCUUCAGCUCAUCGAGUGGCGACUCCGCCGUGCCGGCAUCACCACCGUCAUGCUGGACGGCAGCAUGAAUCCUGCCCAGCGUCAAGCGUCCAUCAACCACUUCAUGACGAAGACGGACUGCGAGUGCUUUCUCGUAUCUCUCAAGGCUGGCGGUGUUGCCUUGAACCUUACGGAAGCGUCGCGUGUUUUCAUCGUCGACCCCUGGUGGAACCCCGCCGCCGAGUGGCAGUCCGCUGAUCGGUGCCACCGUAUCGGCCAAACCCGCCCUUGCACCAUCACCCGCCUCUGUAUCGAGGAUUCUGUCGAGAGCCGCAUGGUUUUGAUCCAGGAGAAGAAGACGAACAUGAUCAACUCAACUGUCAACGCCGACGACAAGGCUAUGGAGUCCCUGAGCCCUCAGGAUAUGCAGUUCCUCUUCCGUGGAUCUUGA